AUGCCCCACAUCGAGCUCCUGACAAAUGUAAAACUGCUAACCGAGCUUCUUUGGCAAUACCAUGUGUCAAGAGAAGAUACAGAUGAAUUGCACUCCUCCUCUCACGGGGCUUUUGCAAAGCUUCGGCACCGCUUUUUCUCCUUCGCGAAAUUACUCCUCGAAGUGAUGGAGGCCCUCGUGCAGCGCGUCUGUGGACUCAGUCGUGACAAGCAGAUCGCUGCACUGACAACAUGUCUAAAAAAGAUGAUUGUUGAUUUCGCGACGCUUCUGACAACGUUUCAGGAACCCGCAUCUGCACCGCGUCCGAGGCCGUCCUUCGAGACCUCAAAAGUGACUAUAUUUGGUGUCUGUAGUAACGAAGAGCCUUUGUUAGACGAUUACGAUCCAUAUAUUAAAGGGGCUCAACAAUACUACGCAUCCAAGUGUACACUUUCCCAUCUCGCCGGCAUGCUGGUAAAACUCCUGCAGAACAUGUUAUCUAAGGUUGAAAAUGUAGAGGUAUACUAUUGUCUGCUGCUGCUUUCUGAUGUGUAUGAGUCCUGCGCAGUUUUGAGAGCCGCUUCUUGCGAUUAUGUAGUGGACUUCUUGAGGCUAUACACCACUGAAGCGCUUGCGCGCCAGAGCAGCCACACCCUAGAGGUGUACCUAUAUCUCCUGCAUCAGCUGUUUGCGGAGUCUCGGCAGCGUCCUGACUUGCUUGAGAAUCUAUCUAAAAACUUCCGAUCAUUGUCGCCUCCUCUUUCAAAAGAGCAUGGAGACCUUUUACCUCCGCAACUUCCUGUCUUUAUCUCCAGCUUCUGCGCCACGAUUGAGAGGCACUCUGAAGCUCAAAUAACGAUCCGAAACGCACUAAGUUUGAUGCAUUUUGUCGUUUCUCUGGAAACCACUUCGGAGGUAGUUUUUGGUGAUCCCGAUGAUCCUGUUUGCAUGCUCGCAGCAGAAUCCACUCUUCAUCAUGUGGCUCCCUUGAUUCUUCAUCCCAGCGCGGAAGUGGGGUUGCUUGCCUGCGAUACGGUUCGACUCCUGAUGAAGAAGCAACCAGCACUUGGGAUUUCAGCAGCCACACGGGAAUGGGUAAUGGAUCUAGCAUUAGAAGGAAUCCAACUAGCCUCUAAAUCAUCCACGGUACCUCUCAUCGGGCUUCUAAAUACUCUUUGCGAUGGGUGCAGCAUUUGCCCUGGUGGGGAGGCAGCUUUCGAGCCAACAGCAAGUUCGAAUCCAAAUGUCUUAGUGUUCAUUAUUCAACUCGCCGGGUUCGCCAAUGAUGCGUUUCAGGAGGCAAUAAACGGAAGCUUUCUUCAGGAAUAUCUCAAAAGAAACGCGGCAAAUGUUGAUACCUACGCCGAACAAAUUCUGCACGCGUGCGGGGAACACUUAUCAUUACCCUUUCGAAGCUUUGCGCGAUUACUCUACCUGGUGUCAGGGAUGUCGACCGACGUGGUGGCCAUCCGACCUGAGAUCUCCUCGCUGCUGGUUCAACACUUCCUACGUCAGCUUGAGGUCGAGCUGGCGUCAUCCCUGGGUCCCCCCUCCCCCUCCGUCCCCUGCAAAGGGGAGUCGUGGUCCACGCUUGAGGUGUUAUUCGAGCGCAGCGACCGCGGUAUUUUGAAUUUGUUGGGCCAUAGCGCAUUUCGGGAGUUACUUCACACGGUCUGCUACUUCCUGCCGGUCUCGGAUGAACUGCCCCCGUUGGCUGUUCAAUUGCUCGUAGAAAUGCGCCAGGACUUCUCGGAUUGGCAUGUCAUGGGUCGGGUUGAGUCUCGUGAAUGUGCCAAAACACUAAGCUUGGUACAUGGUCUCAUGCGCAAGUACAAGGUUUCCAAAGGCAGUUCUGAUGUGGCUUGGUCUUGGUGGUGCUCUCACCUAGACACACUACUUCAGGAGGGCUUACUGGAUUGGUUACUGCUCAUGUCGGUUGGUCAGGAAGACGAGGACGUGGAGAGACAGCGUGGGAGCUUAAUUCAAUGUCUUUUGGGUGAGGACAAAUGUGCCAUUAACGAAGAUAUGACGCGUGGUGCUGCCUCGUGUAAGGAACUACUUUUGAGGGAUGUCUCAUCACAUCGGAUCAGCUACUUUCUUGUGUCUCUCGCGGUGCUUGGCUGUCCUACCCCCUUGGACAAGGAUGAGAUGAGCAUGCUCCUUGCUGGAGAAUUCUGUAGCCUGUUGCAACUUCUGGUUGAUCAGCAAGCAGAGUUUUUGGGCGUUCUCGAGCAAACCCAGUCGGACUCAGGAACAGCAGAAGGUGUGUCAAUGAUAAGGUCGGACCUGAGUGCCAUCAUCGAUACGCUUUCCAAUGUUCUUCGGAUAAGUGCAGCGUACUAUAAAUACUUCGGUUCCAUCCCCAUGGAUUUAUCGUUCGAGGCAUCUGCAAAAACUUCAGACUCGGUGGAUCGUGACAGCUCCUAUGCUCUUAUAGUGCGCUCUCCAUAUCUGCGCGCGGAGGUGCACCAACUCAUGCUAAUGCUGGACAGCGAGGCGUGUGCGCCACAACCACUGGAGGAGGGCCUUGCAGAAUGUAACACGUGUGCAACAUGUUUCAGUAAUGGCCAACUUCUUGAAGAGCUUUUGCAGAGUACCCAGUUGGGCAGGCUUGCACUUCACAUUCUCCUAGCGCUCCUCAUCACGGGCUUGGAAGGCAAAUUGAUGGUGUGCCCCCUAAAGGUGGCGCUUUGGCACCGAUGGCUAAGGGCGGCUGCUGCGUCGGACGCGGGCAACUCACUGUUUGAUGCCUUCUUCCGAUCCAUGCGCGAGCUCCACCGAAUUGAUUCCACCAAACAAGCGAGUCUCCUGCGUCUACUUAAUAGCUGGGUGUGUUCCAUUGACUUAAGUAAUUCAGCCCCUCUCCGGGUUUGUCUUUUAGAACGCCAUGUUGUUCCUCACAUUCUUACUGACCGCAGCCGGAGCUAUUCGCGGGAUGUGGGAAGUGACAUGGCAAUGCUCCUGAUUAACACGCUUAGCCCGCUUCCACGUACGCAAAGUAGUACCUGCGACGUCGUCAUUUUCAAGUGGAGUGUACACGCCCUUACCAUGGCGUGGACCGCAGCUCAUGACUGGCGGGACGAGCCAUCUCAGGGUAUGGACGCACUCGGUUCGGUUACCUUGGGCACCGAACCUCCCCUGCCUUUAAACAUCCUUGUGUUGUUGCAUCUUCUCCUGGAGCGGGCACACGGUCGAGAAAUGUCUCGACGCUAUGGUGAGGUUCUUUUGCCGGUAUUGUUGAACAUCCAGAGUACGGCAAUGCGCCGGGAUACGAUAAACGGUGGUGUGAGAGGGUUUCAUGCAGCCACCGCGGCACUGGUUUGUGGUUUGCUCAAGGAUCGACUUGAGACAGAUUCGACUCAAACUUUUAAAGUCAAGAGAAUUAACGGGGAGGGCUCCUUUGCCUUGGCGACGGAGGCUCUGAGGAGGUGUUGGAUCUGUCUGCAGAUUCAUCACUUUUGUGGGAUUCUGCGUCGCGGAUGUAAAGAAACUCAGGACUGGGAGGAAGGCGCGGCCCUGCUGCUACGUCUCAAGGCUCAGGUGGUGAGUGCAUUUCAGUUCAUUUUUCUCUCCCAUACGGGCCCUGCAGGUGGUGAUAUGAGAGAAGCAGAAUGUGCGUGUGAUGCCACCGGUUGCUUAGACGAUGAGUACCACGCGGCUCUCUGUCUUGUGAACUGGUGCAUGGAACUUGUACUAGCGCGAGACACUGUAUGGAUGGAGCCCUCUUGCCAUGUUAUUUACGUGCUAUUCAAUCAUUACCGCGCAACCCUGGCAACUUCUCAGGAAGCCCUUGCACUUUAUCUGUUCUGCUUGAAAUGUGGCCCCUCAAUGCUAUCCACUUCACAGUUGGGAGUGUUACUGUCGGCGCUUCUUUAUGCGGCCCCUCAUCUCCCGUGGUCCCAAAACGGAGACGCUGUGCACGAGCUCGUGCACCAUUUUCUCACGACAGUGGACCUCACUGCUCUAUCGGCUGGUUUAGCGUGUAGUCAACUCCCACGGGGUACUAAAGCGGAAGAGGUGUUAGCCACAGUUGGUGACGCUAGUGCCACGGCCAAGAUGUACAAGGGGCUCAGCAACGCAUGUCGCUAUUACGCACAAGCCAUCCCUCAGGCUCAGCCGCUCUCUUUGCAUCGGUUGACUGAUUUCCUCGCCGUCCUAUCAUCUGGUGCGGAAGGAUCCUCACCUGUGCACUUAUUCGUGCAAAAUAAGGAGAAUGUUGAUUUAUUUUCAGAACACAUCCCUCUUUAA